AAAAAAAUGUCUCACCUAUCACUUUCCUCAACCUUAGAAAAAAAUUAGGUACCAAACCACAGUGGUAAGUGUUGGAGUGAAAGAAAGGGUCCACAACGUGCUCUCUCACUCUCUUUUUGACAUUUUCAAAUGCCAACUGAUUUCAUCUCUCUCAUAACAUUUCAUUUCCAACUUAGCUCAACAAGUAGUUAAGGGUACCAUUUUCCAUCUUUUUCAUUCAUGGGGAAGAUCGCAAUGCAACCUUUAUCUCGAGAGGCUUCAAAUUAUGAUGAAGUUUUCAUGCAACAGAGCUUGCUCUUUGAUGAUAGUCUAAAGGAUUUGAAAAAUCUGAGAACACAAUUAUACUCAGCAGCUGAAUAUUUUGAACUCUCUUACGCCAAUGAUGACCAGAAACAGAUAGUGAUUGAAACAUUGAAGGAUUAUGCCAUCAAAGCUCUUAUAAAUACGGUGGAUCAUUUAGGGUCUGUGACCUAUAAGGUGAAUGACUUGUUAGAUGAAAAGAUUGCUGAAGUUUCUGAGACAGAGCUACGUUUAUCAUGUAUUCAACAGAGAAUAAGGACGUGCCAAGCAUUCAUGGAUCAUGAGGGCUGUACCCAGCAAUCAUCGGUGAUUGAUGCUCCAAAAUAUCAUAAACGUUAUAUUUUGCCAGCUGGGGAGACACUACGUGGUGCCAAUUUAACAAAAUCAAAAUACAUGGGAUGCAGCCUAGAUGAUGAAGAUGACUGGCAUCACUUCAGAAAUGCUGUUCGAGCCACCAUACGAGAAACGCCAACAUCUACAGAGAGCAAAGGGAGUUCCCCAUCACCUUCUUUGCAACCUCAGAGAGCAGGAGCAUUUUCAUUCACUUCAACCAUGACAAAAAAAGAUUUAGAGAAGCGAACAGUUUCACCAUACAGAUUUCCACUUUUACGCACUGGAUCUCUAUCAAGUAGGCCUACAACACCCAAGACUAGUAGUAGACCAACUACUCCAAACUCAGCCAGGAGACCCACCACACCAAGUCCUUCUGAUGAAAGAUUAAGGUACGCUUCAGAGCCGCGGAAAUCAGCUUCAAUGCGAUUACCUGCUGAGAGAGACGUAGAACAGCACCACCCCAGUAAAAGUAAGCGUCUUCUCAAGUCCUUGCUAAGCAGGCGCAAGUCUAAGAAGGAUGACAUGCUAUACAGUUACUUAGAUGAAUACUGAUGAUUGAAUGACAUAGUUUCAUACAAACAAAAUGAGUGCAAGGGAAAGAAAGAAAGAAAGAGUUCAUGGAAAGUGUUUAGCUUUUGCUUCCUGCUUCAUUUUCACAUGCAGCAUUUGUUUGUACUUUGUUAUUUCUUUCAGGUUUGGAAUGAACAUAUAUUGUAUGGUAUUGGUAUUUUUA